GUGGAAUAGUGAAACCAAACUCAUGAUGACUGAAGUGCACACUGAAUCAGAGAGGAUAGUUCUGGAGAGGCAGAUUAACCGGAAAAAUGACGAAUUAAAAGCUUUGGUUGAUAGCUUCAAGGACCAGCUCCGUGUUACAAAUGAAGAGCUGCACAAGCAGAUCAUAAUUGAGCAAGAGCACCUGGAUAAAAUCAAGAGAUUAGAAGAUGAGUUGGUCAAUGCCAAAGACGUAAUUAAUGAGUAUAAACAGAAAUGCGACAGGGAUAUCACUUAUAACAUGAACACUGAGAUGGAGCUAAGAAACCUAAACACCCAGGUGAGUACGUUCGCUAUGGAAAUUAAAAUGAACGAGACGAAAAUCCAGCAACAGCAAGCUCACAUUCAAGAACUCAACAAUAAGAUAAAGAAACUGCAAGACGAUUUCCACCAGAAGACUUUAGAUGAGCAAGCGGCGCGCAAAAAGAUGGCGUUGCUCCAGGAAGAGUCAAUUAAAUUUAAGCAUUCUGCCGAAGAGUUUAAGAAGAAAUUCGACAAACUCUUGGAAUCGCACAACAUGGCUGAAAACGACAUUUCAGGCAUAAGGAUGGAAUGCAUCAGUUUGCAGCAAGAGAAGCACAUGGCUCAAGAAAACGUCAGAAUGUAUCAGAUCCAGAUCGAAGAUUUGCAGAACAGGCUUCAAAAAUGCCGUGACCAGCUACAACAAGGGAAACAUGCAGAAAUGGAACAUUUGCAGAAGUACCGCAAGCUGGAAGAGGAAUUCCAAAUGCAGAAACGAACAAUGGAGCACUUGAAGCACCAGCUAGAUCUGCAGAAAAGAGAGCACUGUAAUCAGUUGCGUUUGUUUCAGAAUGAGAUCAACAAAAGAACGUCCAGUUGGACUUUGGGUGUGUACAAAUACAUCUCCUUUUUAAGAAGAAGGCAAACUGAGAUGAGCAGCGCAGGUUGUAAAUCUGAACAGCUACUAGCUCAGAAGUUGCAAAUGGUUUCCACCGAUCCAUUGCCACGGGAAAAGCCAUUCCAGAUGUCUGGAAUCGCUCACUCUUUGGGAAGUGGAGUAAACCAACAAUCGUAUUCGGAGUAUGUUUCCCAAACAAGUACACAAUUUGAAAUCAGCAUUGAUAACAACAAAUCUGCCACAAAAUUAUCAGAAAUAGAUCAUUUGAGAGAUGGCAAAUUACUCAGUUCACGACACGAAGAAAGUUAUGAAAUUGGAUUAGGGAAACAACUGCAUCCUCUGGAGAUAGUGAACAGCAAGCAGUAUGGUGUACAUGCUGAAGCUUCUACAUUAUCAAGAAAAUGGCAAGACAUUUGUACUGCCUUAGAGGAGAAGCAAGCGAAGGAGAUUCCUACUGAAUACGAUAAGAUAAAAUUUCAAGGCCUCCGAGAGGAAGUAAAUGCCAGACAGCUGAUUGAAGUUAAGCUUCUAGACUUGACCACAGCUGGACAGCUCCACUCAGGGAAGAAGGCCGUUGAGCUGCAAAGAGACCUUGAGAUUUUUUUAACAAAGCCUACUGCAAUAGCUGGGCUGUACAUAGAAGCUAGCAACAAGAUCUCUCUUGCUUCUGCAGCUAAACAAAGAGUAAUUGAUAAAACAUCAGUUCUGUCGUUGUUAGAAGCCCAGGUCGCCACAGGUUUUAUCAUUGAUCCCAUAACUGGUAAAAAAUUCUCAGUGGAUGAAUCAGUCAUAAGCGGACUGGUAGAUUAUGAAUGGAAAACUAGGCUUCUGGAGGCAGAAAAGGCAGUUUUAGGUUAUGUUUUCUGGGAAAAGGCUGUCUGUUUACCAAGCAGUGGAAAGUAGAUCUUAGAAAGGCAAAAAGGCAAAAACAUUCUCGAGGCUCAGAUUGCCACUGGCGGGGUGAUUGACCCCGUCAGAAGCGUCCGUAUUCUUCCUGAGACGGCAGUCGAGCUAGGCUUGCUGAACAACACAAUGCUGAAAUAUUUACACGAACCUUCUAGUAACAGAAAAAGCUUUGAGAAUCCCAAUAACAGGCAAGCCAUGUAUUACAACGACCUGCUGAAUUGUGUGCUUGAUGUAGCUAGCAGAUGCUUCCUGCUUCCGGUUGGGGAGCGGAAAAUCAGCACCCCAUCUGCAGAAAAGAUUCAUAAGGUAUCCGUGGUUGACAUUAGCACCGGUGCGGAAAUGACUUCCUACGAGGCGUAUAAAAAGUCCCUGAUAGACAAAACCACGUACCUUGAGCUCUCCGGCCAGGAAUUUCAGUGGAAGGAGUCCACGUGCUUUGACGCCAGUGGAAACUCUUACUUUGUUCUGUCGGACCUGAAAACGGGGCUGCAGUUCAAUAUUGACGAGGCCUUAAUUUCUGGCAAAAUAGACAGAGGGUCGGUCAGUAAAUACAAGGAAGGGCACCUUACAGCUAGUGAGCUUGGCGACAUUUUGUUGACCAAUUCCAAGCCACAUACCGACCUCCACAGUCCCAUUGCAGGGGUCUGGCUGCCGGAGACAAAUGAAAGAAUGACUAUUGUAAAAGCUUCUCGCAAGAACCUGGUGGACAGGAACACAGCGCUGAGGUGUCUGGAGGCUCAGGUCUGCACAGGAGGGGUCGUUGAUCCCUUGACGGGAAAGAGAUACCCACUGGCAGAGGCCUUGCAAAGGGAGUUAAUUGACGAGGCGUGCGCUAAACACCUUCAGCAGUGUGAAUUGGUCUUCACUGGCAUUAAGCACCCUUUAUCAAACAGUAUUCUCUCAGUCCCCGAAGCAAUACACAAAAACCUUCUAGACAAAGAAGUAGGCACUCGCUGCUUGGAAUAUCAGCAUUACGGUGGGUUGAUAGAUCCCAAAUCUCAUUCCAGGUUGUCAAUGGAGGAUGCCAUCAAGAAUGGCCUAAUUGAUGCUGUUACUGCCACAAAAACCCAAGACGAUAAAUUCUACAUAAAAAGCCUGAUGUGCCCUAAGACAAAAAAGCAAUUAACCUAUCAGGAAGCUCUCCAGGGCGCUAUUUUUGACUGCCAUACAGGGCUACGCUUGCUAGAAGCCGCCGAGCUGAUCACCUCAGGUAUAUCAAGGCUCUAUUAUUCUACUUAGUAACUAAGCUAACCUGGCUGCCUUAUUUUUUUGAGACAACAUUUUUGUAACAACAGAUUAUUCUUAAGAGUAAACAGGGACCAUACACCCCCCCCCCCCAGCCCGUUACUAGCACCGAUGACAUUACCUCACUGGGUAAUUGAAUAUUUUCAAGUUUACAACCAAGUUCAGAGGCUCUGCACCAAGGACUCCCAGAUCAACCUUGAGCUACAGAUAUUCUCUUUUGCGGGAACUAGGUUCCAUUCUGUGAUAAAGGACAAAACUCUCACAUCAUAGAAAUAAUUCCCAUUUAUGUAGUUGUACAACAUGGUGGAGGGGGAAAAAAACCCACUCAAUCCCUGAACCUUACAGCACAGUUUGGCUUUGCUUAUAUAUGGUGGUUUGCAUACUCUAAAUCUAGUAUUGCUCUAUGCUUGUAACCUUAGAACACAAUAAAAUUUAGAUACGUCUAUGUUUUACUGGUUUCUGUGGAAGAUUUAAAUUCAUGCUUUUUUCUCACUUCAAUUAUGAUUGGAUUGUGCUUCAGUUGCUGCUGUUUUCUAUAAA